AUGUUGCAACCGAGAAAACGUGGCGGUCUAAUCAACAUGUACCCCUUACGCCGAUAUCUAUGUCGUAUUUUCCCAUCAUCAUCAUCAAUCGAUGAUUCUCAUCCGAUACAAGCGAUCGAAACAACUGCGAUACCAGUAACAUCAGCGAUUUCCCAAUUAGUGAUCGGGAACCAUUCAUCAAAUCUACUUACAAGGAGAACAUUUAUCCCGGAUAUAUUUGAUCUAACUCUGUGGCGUCAUGCUAUCAUUGGUAUGCAUGGAAAUCAAACACAAUGUCGAGUUCCUCGCCAGUAUCGGGCAAUUGCCAAUGCGUUUUGUAAUGCACUGGGUCGAGGAAAUUGUCCACGAGUUCCAUGUACGCUUGUACAUAUUUCCGAUGAAUUUACACAGUAUGUCGAAUGUCUCCGUGGAGGAAAGGUAGCUGUACGUGUUAAACCUGAUUGGGUGUGCCGUAAAAGUGCAGCAUUAGAAGUGCUAUCAAAUUCUGAACGAAAACCAUCGGUGCAAGCUGAAGCUUAUACGAGAUUAACAUCGGAUUUGUACAUUCAAGCACUAGGACCAUACCACGAUAGAGAGACAACAAAAUGGGGUUUGACGUUAGAAGGUGAAGCCAUUGGAUACUAUCCCAGUGUUAUUCUAAAAACAAGACUAUUACCUUUAUUUGACAUUACAAUUGGAUAUGAUCGAAGAAUUUUCGAUGUGGUGACCGAUUUGUAUUUAUUAGAUUAUGUAGAUCUUUUAACGAAUAGAGUGAAACAACGACUGACUGUGAAACAAGUGCUGGAUAACAAAGUAAAAGGUGAUUAUAAUGAUCUUUUCUUACAAAAAAUAAAUAUGAUUAUGAUUUGCUCGUGCUUAGGUCGACCGCCGAUUCUUUGGAUGAAUAGUAAUUGUGAUACUCCAUCAAAUCGCACAGGCUAUAUGCUUGAGUUGAUGCGUUAUAUCGAAGUUGAUGUUCGUGGUAAAUGUGGUAAUCCGAAUUGGAAUGAGUCGGCUACAGUUCUGUCAGAUACUGAUCCGAAAAUAUUAGCUAGACAAAAGUUAGCUAUUGCUGGAGAAUAUCUUUUCACUGUGGCUAUCGAAAAUACCUUAACGUAUGAUUAUGUUACUGAAAAAUUAUGGCAACCAUUAUCGGCUGGUAGUGUUCCACUGUAUUUAGGCGCAACGAAUAUUGAGGAAUGGUUGCCUUGCGCUAAUACUUCAUGUAUUGUUGAUUUAAGGCAAUAUAAAUCACCCAAAGAGCUUGCUGACCAUCUUCAUCAAGUUAUUCAACAUCGACAUUUAUAUAUGCGUUAUCAUAACUGGAGAAAAAAAGCAUCUGUCAAACCAAGUUUUCUCAAGAUAAUUAAUUAUCUUCAAGAAUCAAAUCAACAUACAGUAGAAUGUAUGCUUUGCGACAUGAUUCAUCGAAAAGAUCGUGGUGAAACUCGAAUCAAGCUAUUAACAGCUUCUAAUCCAUUUGAAAAUUCUUUUCCUUCUCUAGUUUAA